CCCCACCCACCUCCUGGGGCGUUCUUUCCCUGAGAACGUCUCCGUUUUCUUCCUGAGCAGGCGCCUCCUCUCCCCGACCCUUCGGCUCCCCAGUCGCGUUCGCAAACUAAGCCUUUUAUUUGGCGAUUUCGAGCUCACUCGAAAAUGGUUAACUGUCCCCUCCUGGAAGCGCCACGGGCCUAAAAUUCGACUCGGCUCGGUACGCCUCUUGCUUGCUUUUCUUCCCGAGAGAAUUCAGGGAAGAGAUUGUUUGCCUUUGUGAUGGUGAGAAGUACUCUUGGUGGAGAGGAAUUGGUGGUAGCCUGUCGAGUUUCUCCAAAUCUAUUUCCUGACCAUAUCAACAUGGCUGCUGAAACUUGCUCCUGUGUCGUCCUGGCAGCCAUUCCACCUCAUGCUCGAGUAGAGCGUCCCUGUGCGCUUUCCCACCUUCACAGCUGCUUCCAGCUUUAUUAGUGUUCCUUUGGAUGCUUCAGAACAGACACUGGCUAGUUUUUCCAUGGUUUGGCUUGGAUAUUGGUGGAACCCUAGUCAAGCUGGUUUAUUUUGAACCUAAAGACAUCACUGCUGAGGAAGAAAAGGAGGAAGUGGAGAGUCUCAAAAGCAUUCGCAAGUACCUGACCUCCAAUGUGGCUUAUGGAUCCACAGGAAUUCGGGACGUGCACCUUGAGCUGAAGGACCUGACUCUGUGUGGACGCAAAGGCAAUCUGCACUUUAUACGCUUUCCCACUCAUGACAUGCCUGCUUUUAUUCAAAUGGGCAAAGAUAAAAACUUCUCGAGUCUCCACACUGUCUUUUGUGCCACUGGAGGUGGAUCAUACAAAUUUGAGCAGGAUUUUCUCACAAUAGGUGACCUUCAACUUCACAAACUGGAUGAACUGGAUUGCUUAAUAAAAGGAAUUUUGUACAUUGACUCAGUUGGAUUCAAUGGACGGUCACAAUGCUAUUAUUUUGAAAAUCCUGCUGAUUCUGAAAAAUGUCAGAAGUUACCAUUUGAUUUGAAAAAUCCAUACCCUCUGCUUCUGGUGAACAUCGGCUCAGGGGUUAGCAUCUUAGCAGUGUAUUCCAAAGAUAAUUAUAAGAGGGUCACAGGCACCAGUCUUGGAGGAGGAACUUUCUUUGGUCUCUGCUGUCUUCUUACUGGCUGUAGCACUUUUGAAGAAGCUCUUGAAAUGGCGUCUCGUGGGGAUAGCACCAAAGUGGACAAAUUAGUUCGAGACAUUUAUGGAGGAGACUAUGAAAGGUUUGGAUUGCCAGGCUGGGCUGUGGCUUCAAGUUUUGGAAACAUGAUGAGCAAGGAGAAGAGAGAGUCUGCCAGUAAGGAGGACCUUGCCAGAGCAACUUUGAUCACCAUCACCAACAACAUUGGCUCCAUAGCAAGAAUGUGUGCCCUUAAUGAAAACAUUAACCAGGUCGUGUUUGUCGGCAAUUUCCUGAGAGUCAACACAAUCGCCAUGCGGCUUCUGGCAUAUGCUCUGGAUUACUGGUCUAAGGGGCAGCUGAAAGCACUGUUUUCAGAGCAUGAGGGUUAUUUUGGAGCUGUUGGUGCACUCCUUGAGCUGUUGAAGAUACCCUGACUGUUACCCAGAGGACUUCCUGAAACUUACCACAGGGCCAUCUGUGGACUUCAGUUUUUUUGUUUUGUUUUGUUUUGUUUUUUUUAAGAGACUUAUGUUUUAUGAUCGUGUACUACCCAAAUCAGAGCAAGAAACAAAUGUAUUUUUCUAAGUCAUCAAGAUAAAUUCUUAAAAUUCUGUCUAACCUA